GUGGCACGACUCGCUUUGGCUCCAGGCACGUCCUGAUCCCAUCUAGGAAGUACCUCUUGGACGUGGGCGGUCAUAUAACGCAUGCGCGAAACUGCGACACAUGCGUCUGCACGCGACACAUGCGUGUGCACGCGACACGUAAACAGACAGGGCUACGCACAGGAGCGUCUCCACCUCCGUCACGGUCCACGGCGUGUUCUUGCGCGCUGAUCCUGACGGGUUCAAUGAUCGACCACUACUGUUGACUGAACACUGAUGCUGGUAUUUAAAGAUGCCGGGUAUCGGGUACCGGGUGACGGGGUUCAGGCUCGGACGUCGCACUCAUCAUUAUUCGUCCGGUGGCGUCACUCUGGCCAAUCAGUGGCCAGCAGCCUUUUUACGACACACAUUAGUGUCUGACGGUUCCAGGUAUCGGGUCCCUCAUUUUGGCGAUCGAAACGCAGAAAAAAGGCGGGGCGAGGCGAGUUGUGCUGCUAGUGUCGGCGGAGUAACCCCAACCCUAGUACUGCAGUACUAUCAGUGGGCAGUAGUACUUCUAGUACUGCAGUACUAUCAGUGGCAGUAGUACUUAUGGUACUGUAGUACUAUCAUUGAUACCAGUCUCACCGGCGGUACUGACCCAGUAAUAACCAGCCAACGCUGCAGUGAUAGUAGUGGGGCUCGUAUUAGUAAUAUUACGCGUUUCCAGAUUUAAUCGUAUUAAACUCUUAAGUUUUAGUACUUAAUACCAUAACUUCCAGCGGUGGUGGAAGAGGGAAAACCUUUCUGCAACGUCACCUCGUAGGAAGCGUGACGCGUCCACCUUUGCCCUCGGGGUGCUGGAGCGCCGUCCUGGGAGCACAGUGAGCCCCUUCAGGUCCUCAGGCGCCGGGCUCUGCGCUGGGCCUGCGUUCGUCCGACCAAUCCUAAUCUAGCUAAUCCCUGCGACCCUUGACCUCUGAGAAGUAGGCUAAUCCGUGCUCCUUCUCAACACCCAGCGUGUGUUUCAUCACAGAUCACCUGAUCUCUGAUUUAUAAAUCAGACCCUGACCGGGGAGAACGUUAUUCUGGAGGAAUCUGUUUUCUUAAACACUCGUCAGAGCCAAUCAGAAACAGGCUGGGCGGGGUCGUACUCAUUCGAGGCUGAUGGUUGGCUGUGUUAUAACGAGGGCUGUGAUGUCACCACACAGUCACGUUCUAUUCUUAUUGUGUAACCUCAGUAGUAUAGUAUUGAGGUUACACAACUUACACUAUACAUACUAAGCUGUUUUGAGUAGUAUGACCCAAAGAACCCCUACGAUUUGUUCAGAAGCAGCAAACCAAAACAUGUAUAUAUAUAUGUGUAUAUAUAUAUAUAUAUAUAUAAAAGGUUUUGUUGUGUGAACAGCAUCACGCAGAGGGCAGAAUCUGACGACUCUGCAGAAGCUCUCUCUGUAGCCCCUCAGUGUUCAGAGUUUUCCUCACGUGCAGCGCAGCACUGAGGCCAUGACUCAGCGGCUCUCAGAGCGCUGUAGAGCCUCGGGGGGGAGGACCCCCGCUGUGCUCUUGGUGCCUUUUAGUAUUCUCUGCGAACCGACUCGGAUCUCGGAACUGACGCCACGCCCCCACUUCAAGCGUUUUAUUAUUUUGCUCGGUCGUUGGAGGAAAACAUGGACGCCACCCGGAAAGCAACCCGAUAAUUGAAUAAUAAUUGAAAUUGCCAUUUAAACCACCAAAGCGGUCCAAGCACAAUGAAAACAGGUCAUGCUUCAAGUGACAAUGGGCGCAGCCAUCUUGAAUUCUGUCUCGGAAUUUUGCCCGGUCACCACUGAGUUCAACCGAGAUGGCGAGUUCGCCGUCUGAGGAAAAGGGGCGUGUUUGUGCGUGUCGCUAGGCAACGUCCUCGGACCUCCGAGACGGAUGGGUAAUAAAACGCAGCAUCUGCUCUCCACAGGGGCGUGGUCGCCCUCAACGCCACGCUGAGCUGGGAGCUCCGCCCCGCGGACCCCCCCGCGGGGGGAGGGGGGGGAGGAGGAGGAGGAGGAGCUGGAGGAGGAGGAGCAGGAGGAGCAGGAGUCCACCUGAUGUACCGUACCGGGCCCCUGGAGGGCUCUGGUCCGGGGGACUGUGGGGUCUCCCACGGCCCCGUGCCCCCCCUCCACGCGGCCCCACACACACCCAGGUUAAGGAGAGACCUCGUCUCUGAGACCAAGUACAUCGAGCUGGUGCUAGUGGCCGACCAUCAGGAGUACGUGAACUAUCAGAAGAGCAACAAGACCAUAAUCUACCGCCUGCUGGACAUCGCCAACCAGGUGGACUGGUUCUACCGGCCCCUGAACGUGCGCGUGGCCCUGGUGGGUUUGGAGAUCUGGAGCGACCAGGACCGGAUCGCCGUGGAGCGGAGCCCCGCCGACACGCUCAACCACUUCCUGGAGUGGAGGAGCCGCGAGCUGCUGCCCCGCCUUCACCAUGACAACGCCCAGCUGGUCAUGGGGGGGUCUUUCGACGGCACCACGGUGGGGAUGGCCUCCCAGUCGUCCAUGUGCUCCAAAGACCGGUCAGGAGGAGUCAACGUGGACCACCUGGUGAGCAUUCUGGGCGUGGCCUCCACCGUGGCUCACGAGCUGGGCCACAACCUGGGGAUGAGCCACGACACGGCCGAGCGCCGCUGCCAGUGCCUGAACGAGGCGCGGCAGGGGGGCUGCAUCAUGGAGCCCUCCACGGGGUUCAUGCCGGGGCAGCAGUUCAGCAGCUGCAGCGCCCAAGACCUGACCCUGAGCCUGGGCCACGGCGGGGGCAUGUGCCUGUUCAACGUGCCCCAGCCCGAGAGGCUGCUGGGGGGGGCUCGCUGCGGGAACCUUUACGUGGAGAAGGGGGAGGAGUGUGACUGCGGCCUGCUGCAGGAGUGUGAUGACCCGUGCUGUAACGCCUCCACCUGCAGACUGCAGCCCGGAGCGCAGUGCUCCGCCACCGGCACCUGCUGUGAGGACUGCAGGCUGCGGGCGGCGGGGUGGCCGUGCCGGGACCCCUUGGGGGAGUGCGACCUCCCAGAGUUCUGCACGGGGGCGUCGCCCCACUGCCCGGCCAACGUGUUCCUGCAGAACGGGGAGCCGUGCGAGGACAGCGCCUCCUACUGCUACGGAGGCUUCUGCGCCGGCCUCAGCUCCCAGUGCCAGGCGCUGUGGGGGGCCAAUGCCAGCCAUGCCCCGCCCCUCUGCUUCUCCUCGGUCAACAAACAAGGGAAUAAAUACGGCAACUGCGGCCAGACGUCCAACGGCUCCUACAUCGCCUGCAGAAGCGCGGACGUCCUGUGCGGUAAGCUCCAGUGCCAGGGGGGCAGCGAGCGGCCGGUUCUCUCCAGCGGCGCUGAGAUCCUCACCACCAAGGUGCAGUUCAACCACAGCGACCUGGUCUGCCGGGGCACCUACCUGGACCUGGGGGACGACGUGUCCGACCCCGCCAGCGUGGCCCAGGGCACCGCCUGCGGCCCCCACAAGGCGUGUGUGGACCAGCGGUGUCAGCACGUGUCCGUGUUCCGGGUGGACGAGUGCCGGGGGAAGUGUUACGGCCACGGGGUGUGUAACAGCAACAUGAACUGCCACUGUGAGACGGGCUGGGCCCCCCCGGACUGCCGCUACGCCGGGCACGGGGGCAGCGUGGACAGCGGCCCCUCCCGGACCCCCGGAAGCACGGACCCGGUGCGCGUGGCCCUGCUGGUCAUCUUCCUCUUCGUCCUGCCCGUGGUCCUCCUCUUCCUCAUGCUGCGGUUCCCGCGGUGCCGGCGUGGGCUGCUGUGUCUCGGGGCCGGGGGCCCCUUCAACAAGAGCCGCCAGCACAACCGGACUCCGGCGACGGAGCGAGUGGACGACUGCAACGGGGAGCAGGUGCUGCCGCUCCGCUACCAGUGGAACGGCCACGGAGACAUCCCCCUGACCGCGCCCGCCAACAAGCGCCGCACUGCACCCUCCAAGCCACUCCCCCCCGACCCCUAUAGCCCCGGCCAUCAGCAGCAGGUCAGACCCGCGCCUCCAAACAGACCUCUUCCUCCAGACCCCAAGCAAACGCUGGGCCAGGUCCCGGUCCGUCCCAAACCCCCGGUCCCAGCGAAACCCUCCCCCCUGGACCACCCUCCUCAGCCCGGGUACGCCCCCGUCCUCACCCACCCUCCCCCCGGGGAUGUCGCCCCCGCAGGCCUACCCAACAGACGGGCUCCUCCCCCUCCGUCGAAGCCGGCCGUCCCCCGGAAACCCGCCCCCUCCCCUCUCUGACCGCAGAACCGCCCGCCACUGGUUUGGACUGGAGCACACCGGGCUGAACCGGCCUCAGAAGAGACCACCUUGGACACCCCCCCACGUCUUAGAGACCUCAGCGAUCCAACCUUCGUCCACACACACAGUCACGCCUUGCAUGGAUCUGUGCAUGGGUCUGCCUAUGAACUCCUGCUUUAAGGACCUUUAACGAGCAGGUUUAAUCUGAGGUCGUUUGGACGCUUCAGUUGGACAGUGUCUGUAUCUGUGUUUGUAAAUAUGUCUUCCGUGUCGUCGCUGCAACUGACCGAGACAGGACGCUGGCCUAGAAGGAGCUGCAAGCUGAACAGCCAACACUUCCUUUAAAAGACUAACAAGACCUCAAUCCUCUUCCGCUGCUUCACUCUGCAUUUUAACAAAUUCUGCAUCCAGUUCCCCCACCCAGAUAGUGGGAGGAGUCAACCUGGAGCCAACAUGGCCGCCGGGAGAAUGAGAUCCAGAAGGCAGUGUGGAGUCGGACGGAUCAAGACUUCACGGGUGGUAGAGGAGCUCCGGUCAGGGACCCCAUCUCUGACAUCAUAACUGAGGCUUCAGACUAUUUAUUCUCCAGUGUGGGAGACUGGGAGACUGGGAGACUGGGAGACUGGGAGGCUGGGAGACUGGGAGACUGGGAGACUGGGAGACUGGGAGACUGGGAGACUGGGAGGCUGGCUAUUGCCAGACCAAGCUCAAUUGUAGAUUGCACGUUGGUCUGGGGAGGCUGCGGUCAUAUUCUUCAGCACAAGAGGCGUGAUCAACGGGCCUAGUUCAAACGACUCUGUCCGUAAUUGGCUGCUUGCCAUCGCCUUCCUGUCGUCAUUGUGUUAAAUCAGUCAAUGGCGCGCCAGGGGGAAAGCCAGCCUGGUGAUAGGCUCCCGCAAAAACGUAUGGGAAGCAGAAAGAAAUGUGUUGCUCUUCGCCAGACCCUAAUGCAGGGCGAUUCAAAUCGCUGGCAGAAUGGGCUGGGGGUACCAAGUCUAUGAGACUGGGAGACUGGGAGACUGGGAGACUGGGAGAGCCGGGGUGGUACCCAAUCGCACCUGACUCGUGAUGAGCACUGGACCCAGCCUCACCUUCCUACGCCUUCCCAGUAGUCCGGUGUAGAGCAGACCCCCUUGUGUGCUUGCAGUCAUUGAUCUGCCAGAAGCCUGAAACCUGCUUCUGCAUGUAAUUCCCCCGUGGACACUAGAAGGCGGUGUUGAACUCACCCAAGGCAAGAGCGAACAUAACUGGAAGCAGAAGCAACUGUUGGAAGAUAAUUUUGAAUAUUUAUUGUUUAUGAAUAUGUCUUUGACGUAUAACAUGUUUCAGCAGAAGGCUCUUUCACAACGUAAAACUAGGAUGUUCAAUUUGAGUCUUUCCAGACUAUAAACGACCACAGUGUCAUUAUUAUAUGUGUUGUAUAAUAAACCCUGUGCUGCGAUGGGAGUCAAACAAAACAAUCCGUCCGUUGAUUUACUGUUAAGGUACGGCCACACUGAACGCGUUACGCGCAUUAGAGGCGCGUGGAGUUCAAAAAAAUAAACUUUUGACGCGUCUACACGUGCCGCGAUAGCCAAUCAGCCAGGCCCCCAGGAUAGGCGCAUACUUCCGCAAUCCACCAGUGCUCAGAGGCCAAGCCUGGUAUUGCAGCUGUUUAAGCUGGCUGUGGACGGGGGUCCGUCAUUUCAGGCGGCCAAGAAGUAGAUAUCGCCGUCCACUCCAAUACAAGUGGGGAAGAGGAUUGUGUCUCCGCAAAAAAUGUCUGGAUAUCAACCAAAGGCUCAUAAUUACCUUCAUGCCAUGUCCUAAAAAAAUGUAAGUUUUUUCUUUUCAAAACGCCACCUCAAGCGUUUUAUUAGCCGUUAUCUCGCUGGUGUGCUGCUGAAAGGAGUCCUAGUGAAACAAAUGGCAUCCGAGAGGGCCUAGUUCAGUGCUCCGUUAACGUGUCCGAUUUUUGGACUGGUUCAUCUGCUGCUCAAUAACUCUCACGGUCCUCUGCUUGCGAUCAUUGUGAUUCAUCAUGUAUUGAUCCAUUUAUUCAAAAGAUCCAAAGACCAAGAAGCGGUGCAUUACGGUAUCAGUUCUAUAUUUCUGCAUCCGGUACGUCACGGACUAGCCCACGUGUCUUGGCCGCAUAACGCGGAAGCCAAUCGCUCCUGUAUGUUACCCCGCGCCACUGAGCAGUUUGUAUAGGAAUGAAUGGGCGGCCAUUUUCCAGUCCGUGGUCCAUCCUUUAUUAUGUCCAUGCAAUCAGCCCUAUCAUAGAGUGGCGAAGUCACGACCCUUCCGGUAGAGCCCAUGGGACCUAUGACAUUGAAAAAUAUGAAUGGGUGUCAAUGGAGAGAAAGUAAUUAUUUUCUGGUCCCAGUCUUUAUAUGCCCCGGAUUACACAUAUGUUGUUUGUGGAUUUAAAUGAUCAUUUUUCCUGCCAAGAGUAUAUGACCGUUUAUUGUGCAAUUAGUCUGUAGAGAAAACACAAUGAGAAACAACAAGACCGACAAUCUCCCCAUCGGCAUAACUGAAACUCUCCACAUGCCCCAACUUAUAAUGGUUUUCAUCUCUUUUGAUGAUUUUAUCCUCCCCUUGGAAAAAACCUAACAUUAUCAAACUUCUUCAGGAAAAUGUUUAGUUUUCUUUGCAUGAAAAAUUAUCAUUUAAAUCCACAAACAACAUGUGUGUAAUCCGGGGAAUAUAAAGACUGGGACCAGAAAAUUAUUACUUUCUCUCAAUUAAAACCCAUUCAUAUUUUUCGAUCUCAUAGGUCCCAUGGGCUCUACCGGAAGGGUCGUGACUUCGCCACUAUAUAGAGGUCGAUUGAUUUAUAGAUUUUCUAGAUUGACUCGUGGUUGGUGAGGGGUUUUCAAAUCGUCCGAAGGAUGUGGUUCUCUCGGAAUGUCAUGAAUAAAACAUUACGUUUCACAUAACAGGCAUUAAAAUGUUGGGUUA